GGUCUCGUUGGAAGCUGUGCCUUUACCGUCGUGUGACGUAAGCCCUCGCCCCACCCGUCUGCAGCCACUCCCUGUCUCCGUCCCCUCGCUCGAGAGGGCCACGUGACCGUCCCGAGGCCAGUCACGUGACGCGCCGAUCGUCGGUGGGAGGGGGUUGGCAGAGGGGUUCGGGGUGGCAGAGAAGGAGGAAGAUGGCGGGAAGCAGAGGGUCCGUGUGCGGCUGCUGCAAGUUGUGCUGUUGCUGCAGCGAGCGCGAGACCCGCACCCCCGAGGAGCUGACCAUCCUUGGAGAAACACAGGAGGAGGAGGAUGAGAUCCUUCCUAGGAAAGACUAUGAGAGUUUGGAUUAUGAUCGCUGUAUCAAUGACCCUUAUCUAGAAGUUUUGGAGACCAUGGAUAACAAGAAAGGUCGAAGGUUCGAGGUGGUGAAGUGGAUGGUGGUGUUUGCCAUUGGACUCUGCACUGGGCUGGUGGGUCUCUUUGUGGACUUUUUUGUGCGACUUUUCACCAAACUCAAAUAUGGAGUGGUACAAGCUUCUGUGGAGGAAUGCAGCCAGAAAGGCUGCCUCGCCCUGUCUCUCCUUGAACUCUUGGGUUUUAACUUGACCUUUGUCUUCUUGGCAAGCCUUGUCGUCCUAAUUGAGCCCGUGUCGGCAGGUUCUGGGAUACCCGAGAUCAAAUGCUAUCUGAAUGGCGUGAAGGUGCCUGGCAUCGUCCGUUUCCGGACCCUGGUCUGCAAGGUCCUUGGAGUGUUGUUCAGUGUGGCUGGAGGGCUCUUCGUGGGCAAGGAAGGCCCCAUGAUCCACAGCGGCGCCGUGGUGGGAGCUGGCCUCCCUCAGUUUCAGAGCAACUCCUUACGGAAGAUCCAGAUUAACUUCCCCUAUUUCCAAAGCGACAGAGACAAGCGAGACUUCGUGUCAGCAGGGGCAUCUGCUGGAAUCGCUGCGGCUUUUGGGGCCCCGAUUGGGGGUACCUUGUUCAGUCUGGAGGAGGGCUCGUCCUUCUGGAACCAGGGGCUCACGUGGAAAGUGCUCUUUUGUUCCAUGUCUGCCACCUUCACCCUCAACUUCUUCCGUUCUGGGAUUCAGUUUGGAAGUUGGGGUUCCUUCCAGCUCCCUGGACUGCUCAACUUUGGCGAGUUUAAGUGCUCUGACUCUGAUAAAAAAUGUCAUCUCUGGACAGCUAUGGAUUUGGGUCUCUUCGUCGUGAUGGGUGUCAUUGGGGGCCUCCUGGGAGCCAUAUUCAACUGUCUGAACAAGAGGCUUGCAAAGUACCGUAUGCGAAACGUGCACCCGAAACCUAAGCUCGUCAGAGUUUUGGAGAGCCUCUUGGUGUCUCUGGUAACCACCGUGGUGGUGUUUGUGGCCUCAAUGAUGUUAGGAGAAUGCCGACAGAUGUCGUUUUCCAAUCACGUCCGUAAUGACUCAUUCCAACAGGUCAGAACAGAAGAUGUGAAUUCAAGUAUCAAGACGUUUUUUUGUCCCAAUGAUACCUACAAUGACAUGGCCACGCUCUUCUUCAACCCCCAAGAGUCUGCCAUCCUCCAGCUCUUCCACCAGGAGGGUACCUUCAGCCCCGUCACUUUGGCCUUGUUCUUCGUCCUCUAUUUCUUUCUUGCGUGUUGGACUUAUGGCAUUUCUGUCCCAAGUGGCCUUUUUGUGCCUUCUCUGCUGUGUGGAGCAGCUUUUGGACGUUUAGUUGCCAAUCUCCUAAAAAGCUACAUUGGAUUGAGCCACAUCUAUUCAGGGACCUUUUCCCUGGUCGGUGCCGCGGCUUUCUUGGGUGGGAUCGUCCGAAUGACCAUCAGUCUCACGGUCAUCCUGAUCGAGUCUACCAAUGAGAUCACGUACGGACUUCCCAUCAUGAUCACCCUGAUGGUGGCCAAAUGGACAGGGGACUUUUUCAAUAAGGGCAUUUAUGAUAUCCAUGUGGACCUGCGAGGUGUGCCGUUUCUGGAGUGGGAGACAGAGGUGGAAAUGGACAAACUGAGAGCCAGCGACAUCAUGGAGCCCAACCUGACCUACGUGUACCCGCACACCCGCAUCCAGUCCCUGGUGAGCAUCCUGCGCACCACGGUCCACCACGCCUUCCCGGUGGUCACAGAGAACCGCGGCAACGAGAAGGAGUUCAUGAAGGGCAACCAGCUCAUCAGCAACAACAUCAAAUUCAAGAAAUCUAGCAUCCUCACUCGAGCCGGCGAGCAGCGCAAACGGAGCCAGUCCAUGAAGUCCUACCCAUCGAGCGAGCUGCGGAACGUGUGUGACGAGCACGUUGCCUCCGAGGAGGCGGCCGAGAAGGAGGACCUCCUGCAGCAGAUGCUCGAGAGGAGAUACACUCCCUACCCCAACCUGUACCCUGACCAGUCCCCAAGUGAAGACUGGACCAUGGAGGAACGCUUCCGCCCUCUGACCUUCCACGGCUUGAUCCUUCGGUCGCAGCUUGUCACCCUGCUUGUCCGAGGAGUUUGUUAUUCUGAGAGUCAGUCGAGCGCCAACCAACCCCGCCUUUCCUACGCCGAGAUGGCUGAGGAUUACCCGAUGUACCCGGACAUCCACGACCUGGACCUGACGCUGCUGAACCCACGGAUGAUUGUGGAUGUCACCCCGUACAUGAACCCGUCGCCUUUCACCGUGUCCCCCAACACCCACGUCUCCCAGGUCUUCAACCUGUUCAGGACGAUGGGCCUGCGCCACCUGCCCGUGGUGAAUGCGGUGGGAGAGAUCGUUGGGAUCAUUACACGGCACAACCUGACAUACGAGUUUUUGCAGGCCCGACUAAGGCAGCACUACCAGACCAUGUGAUGGGCCGGCUGCCCGUCUCCUGGGGGGAUGCCUGGGAAGGCAGCUCGCUCACUCCAGCCAGCACAGCUGGCUGGGCCUGCGCGGAAGAUUCCUAGUCACCCCCCUCUCGGAAAGCCUGGAGUCAUCCAACAUUUUGCUGGUCAGAGGACCUGGGGAGGGUUUGGAAACGUCAGAGUUUGGACUUUCCUAACUUCCCCAGCAAGUAUCUUCCCAUUCCCUGCUCCCCGUAUUCCUACCCCCCAGUGUUGGCACAGGCCCACCGCAGUCCCCGCUAGAGUCAGGACCAGGGGUAGAAGUCAGGCAAACCACUGGGUGACACUCCAAGCAGCGUUCCUGCCCCGUCUUUACUGCUUUCCUAGAGAUCCCAGCUGUUGUAGUAAACAUAUGGGAGGAACCUUGGCCAAGGCAAACACUGGGGGCGAGGAGGGGUGCACCAGUUGCAAAUUCAGUUAAUGACUAAAUUUAGGAAUUGGGCUCUGAGAAAAUUCUCCAUGUUUCAGGAAGGCCUUCCUUUGUUGGGACUCUUAAUUCCAUAUCUUCUCUAGUUCGGUUUAAGGCAAUGUUCUGCUUCCUAGGUGUGAGCAGGUGUUCCGGUCUUGCUCCUAUGGUUUGGAUCUCCUUAGAACCACUACUCACCAGAACCACAAAGCAUUAAAAUCCCUCUGGUAAUCUCUGAAUGAUAAAUCUGAUAAGAGGGUCAGAUUUCCAUCCACCUAGUUUGUGAUAGUUCAGGUUUCUUUCCCUUUGUAAAUUAUUCACGGUCUCCUAUUAACACGUUUCUACCCUGAUUCUUUUCAUCUGCAUGAACUACUAAACUUUCCUUAAGAUUUUA